AUGAAGCCAGCGACGCAGAUGAUAAAGAUCAAGGGGAGGUUGCGCUGCACCAAUGGCGCAUUAGUGGUAGUCGUGUCUGUCAACGACACAAAGCACAGACAUAGUGGAGCAUCUGGAACUGGGAUCAGAUUGCUUUCCCCAAAUGUGCAGUUGGCUGAAAAGGCAGUACUGACGCACCAUACCAGGUAUCCAGCCAUGGCAGCAAGAAGCAAUGCAAAGUUCCUUCGUGAGCUGCUCAUUUUAUCCCGAUUUCAUAAAUACAACCCUGUCUUCACCACCUUCGCAGGAGCUUGGUCCGCGUUGCUGGCCGGGGCUGCGGAACUUGCCGAUCAACGCUCGACCAUCUCGCCUGCCUUUGUCUUUCAGCAAACGGCAUUAUGCGUCCUGGCCGCGUAUUUGUUUUGCGGGGCUGGCAUGGUCUGGAACGACUGGAUCGAUCGCGACAUUGAUGCCAAUGUUGCCCGGACCAAGCAUCGUCCCCUGGCCAUGGGCUCGGUCACUACGGCCCAGGCAAUGGUAUGGAUGAUGUUGCAGGUCAUCAUGUCUUGGGGUGUCCUCCACGUCAUGCUCGAUAACAAGGAUGUGUUGAAACACUUGAUACCAGUCAUGGUGGCAUCGAUUCUUUACCCUUUUGGGAAGCGACCCCUGGCUCGUAAGCUCUUGAUUUAUCCGCAGUACAUCCUGGCCUUCACCAUUGCUUGGCCGGCUAUUCCGGGUCGGGCCGCCAUUUGCGGCCACUACGAAACCUUCGCUGAGACCACCCGCCAAUGCCUUCCCCUAUGCGUUAUGGUGUUCUUCUGGACCAUCUACCUGAACACGGCGUAUAGCUAUCAGGACGUGGUCGAUGACCGCAAGAUGAAAGUGAAUUCCUUCUACAACAUUGCGGGAAAUCAUAUUCACGUAUUGCUUGUGCUGCUCGUUAGUCCUAUACUACUGGCCCGAUUCGACCCGAAACAACCUGCCAGCGGAGGGGCCCUGCACAAGAGCAACUUCAUUCUUGGAGUCUGGACUAUCCUUGCUUGCGCAAUCGAGGUAUCCCUUAGUGCAACUUAA